UAUCAUAAAUAAGAGCUGGACGGAGGACACGUGGAUGUACGAUUUAUCCUCGCCAAUCGCUGAAUAGCUGCGAUUCCAGCGAGAACGCGGAAGAGCGACGCCAGAGAGAGACAGAGAUGAGCGACGAUGAGGGGAAGAGCCGGGGAUUGACUGGAGAGUAUCAACACCAGCACCAGCACCAGCACCAGCACCAGCAACCACAGCAGUAUGGAACGUUCCAGGGUGGUCCUGGCUACUCCCAGCCAGCGAUCGGGUUCCCUCGGCCUGUCCCGCCACCGGGAGCGAGUGCCUACCCGCCGCCACCGCCGCAGCACUAUCCCGGGCCUACCUACUAUUCCCAUGGCUACCAAGCCAUUCCUGGUUAUGCAGUUGCAGAAGGAACACCAGUAAGGAUGGCAAGGCUUCCUUGUUGUGGCAUUGGAAUAGGCUGGUUUCUGUUUAUCAUUGGCUUCUGUUUUGCUGCCAUUCCCUGGUAUAUUGGAGCUUUCAUUCUACUUUGCGUCAGGGUUGAUUAUAGAGAGAAACCGGGAUAUGUUGCCUGCACUAUUGCAGCUGUUCUUGCAGCGAUUGCUAUCAUUCUGGGUGUUACAAAAGGAGCUGAUGCUUGGUGAUUCCAUGGAUAGAAAGUUAAAAACCAUGGGCGGUCGUUGCAGAUGUAUAUAUUAUUAUGCUUGAUGAAUUAUGGAACAAUAUGAAAAUAUCCUGUGUGAAAAUUGUGUGGGAUUAUUAAUUGGUUUGGAAGUUUUUAAACAUAAUAAUACCAUGGAAUUCCAAUAUAUUUGUGGUUUUAUUUCUUGGCAUUUA